AUGUGUCAGUGUGUGUAUGAGUUCUUAAUGUCAGGUUACGACACGCCUCCCAUCCCGACAAACCUCCGAGCAAAAGUGAUAUCACCGACAACUAUAAUGCUGGAGUGGACUGACCCUUCCCUGUUUCCUCCCACUUCCCAAGUACCAGACGACGCCAGGUACUACGUCGUCGAGUACUCCUACAUCAACCCCCUCACUGGAAAAACUUUAGAGAAAACUGAAACUUUUAGGAAAUUGCAGGUUGUUAUAAGCAAUUUGAUACCAGCGACAAAGUACGAUUUCAAGGUGAAGACUGACAACGAGGGUCACAGAAGUAAUUUCUCAGCAGUCGUAUCUGAAAGAACGUUGGAAACAGCUCCAGGUUCUCAGCCAAGAAAUGUGACAGUUCAUGAGUUGAACGUUGAUGAACAGAACAAACUGGUGACCGCCGUCGUCAGAUGGAAACCUCCAAAACGUGUCAAUGCCAACGUGACUGAUUACGAGAUUAGAUACACAGACAAGUUAGACGCCAUUCACGGAGACUGUCAGAUCGUAUCAGUUCGCCAACAAACUGAAGUCCUCAUUGAAAACCUGGUUCUCGGAAACAGUUACUUUUUCCAGGUUCAAGCCAAAAAUGCUUUCGGUUAUGGACCUAAAUCAGACAUCAUCAAAUUUCAAGCCAAGAAAACUAUCGAUGCCCCUAAUCCUCCUUCAAACGAAGAAAAAAAAGUUGAUGAAGACAUCGACGAAGAUAACCAAGAAGACAUUGAGGAGAGUGAUCGAGAUGCUUUCGACGAAGAGUACGAUGACGAUUACGAGAGCGAGUUUGACCGCCAGCAAGACGCGACACACUCACAACAUCAAUCGCCUGAAAUCAUUGCUAAACGAAAAAGAAAACAGACUCUAGCCUACCCCGACGAUUCAGAUGAUACUUACAAAGCGCGUCCGAGUAACGUGCAAAUAGAUUUCAAGGUCAUUUUACAGGUGAAGGUCAACGCCUUCAUAACGUGGCCUGCCAAUCAACCGGCGACAUCUGUCCACAACAACGAAGGUGGAAACAACUGUCAGACGGUUGAGCGGCCGAAGAGUUACAAGAUCCGCUACAAGAAACAAGAGCAGAACUACCAACAUUCGCAUCACGGCAACCAGCAACCGUGGGUGAACAGAAAUCUGAAGGACAACAUGGUGGUGUUAGAAGAUCUUGAAGCUAAUUGUAAAUACGUCUAUCAAGUUAAAUAUUUGGUCGACAGUGACUCACCUUGGUCCCCUUCACAAUAUAUUUCUACCUACACACACAAAGACCAAAUGAUUAACUGAUAUUUCUUGAUAUUAUACAGUUAUUUAUUUAUUAAUUUAUUCAUUCAACUUUUUGCCAAUGUUUUAUUUUACCGCUAUAUAUGUUAGCGAAUAUAAAAGUAAAUGAACAACAUAUGUAUAUAUGUAACUGUGUGAGAUUUAACAUUUAUUUUUCAUAUAAUAAACGAUGAAAAGAAGUUCUGUUGUGAUAGAGGGCAAUACUUGGAAAUAUGGGCAUAAUUUUUGUUUUUUAGUAGAGUCCAAUAUAAGAUGUUAAAAAUAUUUCGAUGUGCGUGCCUGUACGAAUGAGAUGUUUCAAUAAAUAUAAACUGUUCAUUUAUUUGAAACAACCAGUCGGCCAGCCAGCCAACCGCGUGUAUUUCAUUUUCCUCCACCCAUCCAAACGAUCACUCAAACGGAGAUGAAACUCAUAUUAAGGAGCUUGAGAACUUUUUCCGAAU